GAGCUUGUCGUUAUUAUGACAAUGUGUUGGCUGAUACUUGUUUUUCUCAGCUGCCUCCGGGCUGCAGCGUCCCUGGAAUGUCGGCAGUGUAAUGACGCCCUGACUUGGACUGACUGCUUGGCUCCGGUGCACUGUCAUCACGAGGAUGAGUGCAUUAUGACAGUGACACUGGAACAUCACGGGAACGCCUUCUCUGUACACUGUGGUAAACUUGACCACGUUCACCACGAAAAGCACACAGUCUGUGUGGACUCCUGUAACACGCCGGGCUGCGAACACACCCUAUGUCCUGAGUGGUUAAUCGAAGCAUCACUUGGGCAAGGCCACAAUGCGCACGUCCACAACACACAUGCCCCGAAAGAGACCGUGGCACCAACUACAGACGCAGCGACACCGGCCCAAACACAAGCGAUGACAACGACGGAAACGACCAAAACAACAGCUUCCCGAUUGCAAACAACGAAUGUUCAGUACAUUUUAACAACUGACAAUCAGUGCACCGACCACGAAACUGACAUCUUUAAAUGUGAAAUGUUCAACCACACAUACAACGCAUGUCAAAGCAGCCAGUUGUAUCUAAAAAGCAUCGUACUUUCAAAAUGUCUGAGGUAUUGUGGACUUUGUGAUGCCAUUAAAAUAGACUCCAAGCAGCUCACAACAAUUUCCAAUCCUGGUACGACUACACAGAAAUACACAUUCGAAACAACAACAGAAAACUACUUCACUGAUACCACGAGAGUAAAGUACAAUUUUGACACUACGACAGGGAAUUACUUUCCUGAUACCACUACCGAAAAUGAUAUUUUUGACACUACGACAGGGAACUACUUCCCCGAUACCACUACAGAAAGGAAGAUUUUUGACACAACGACAGGGAACUACUUCCCCGAUACCACUACAGAAAGGAAGAUUUUUGACACAACGACAGGGAACUUCAUUCCUGAUACCACUACCGAAAGGAAGAUUUUUGACACAACGACAGGGAACUACUUCCCCGAUACCACUACAGAAAGGAAGAUUAUUGACACAACGACAGGGAACUACUUCCCCGAUACCACUACCGAAAGGAAGAUUUUUGACACAACGACCGGGAACUACUUGCCCGAUACCACUACAGAAAGGAAGAUUUUUGACACAACGACAGGGAACUACUUCCCCGAUACCACUACCGAAAGGAAGAUUUUUGACACAACGACAGGGAACUACUUCCCCGAUACCACUACAGAAAGGAAGAUUUUUGACACAACGACAGGGAACUACUUUCCCGAUACCACUACCGAAAGGAAGAUUUUUGACACAACGACCGGGAACUUCUUCCCCGAUACCACUACAGAAAGGAAGAUUUUUGACACAACGACAGGGAACUACUUCCCCGAUACCACUACCGAAAGGAAGAUUUUUGACACAACGACAGGGAACUACUUCCCCGAUACCACUACCGAAAGGAAGAGUUUUGACACAACGACAGGGAACUACUUCCCCGAUACCACUACCGAAAGGAAGAUUUUUGACACAACGACCGGGAACUACUUCCCCGAUACCACUACCGAAAGGAAGAGUUUUGACACAACGACAGGGAACUACUUCCCCGAUACCACUACCAAAAGGAAGAUUUUUGACACUACGACAGGGAACUUUAUUCCUGAUACCACUACAGAAAGGAAGAUUUUUGAAACUACGACAGGAAAAUAUGUUCCUUACACUACCACUGAAAAUAUCUUUUCGGACACUACGACAUGGAACUAUCUUCUUUACGGCACAACUGAAAAACACUUUAUUGACACUACGACAGGGAACUAUGUUCCUCACAGCACAACUCUAAAGAGUUUUGUUGACACAACGACAGGGAACUAUGUUCCUUACAGCACAACUGCAAAUAACUUUUUUGACACUACGACAUGGAAUUAUCUUCUUUACGGCACAACAGAAAAUAACUUUUAUGACACUACGACAUGGCACUAUGUUCCUCACAGCACAACUCAAAAUAUUUAUUUUGACACAACGACAGGACACUAUGUUCCUUACAGCACAACUGAAAAUAACUUUUAUGACACUACGACAUGGAACUAUCUUCUUUAUGGCACAACAGAAAAAAACUUUUAUGACACUACGACAUGGCACUAUAUUCCUCACAGCACAACUCAAAAGAGUUUUGGUGACGCAACGACAUGGAACUAUCUUCUUUUCGGCACAACUGAAAAGAACUUCUAUGACACUACGACAUGGCACUAUAUUCCGUACAGCACAACUGAAAAUAGUCUUUUGGACACUACGACAGGAAACUAUUUUCCUUACACGACUACUAGAAAAUACAUGUUUGACACUACGACAGGCAAAUAUGUUCCUGACACCACAACUGAAAAGAACUAUUUUGACACUACGACAUGGCACUAUAUUCCUUACACAACAACUGAAAAAGACUUUUUUGACACUACGACAGAAAACUAUUUUCCAUACACGACUUCUAGAAAAUACAUGUUUGACACAACGACAGGCAAAUAUGUUCCUGACACCACUACAGAAAAACGAACCACAAGUGCAACACUGAAAACAACCUCCCGGCUUCAUGGUUCACAGACAUCUGAUUAUAUUGAGACCGCAACCUCCGCUAUUCGAGACCAGACUGCUGCUAACACCCCUUCACUACCAGCCGACGGGUUCGAAACUUCCACAGCCGUUGAUUCAACAACACCGUUUCCUUCGAAAUCAACUUCAAGCUCCGACAAAACGACGACAGACACUCAUUGAAGAUGGCGAAUUCAACUGUAAUCAGUGACAGUCAUUGGGUUUCUUCGAGCCUAGUUCUUAGACGAUAUAUAUUAUAGGA